GGGAAUACGAGAUCUGAGCAAAUCAACUUAUGUUUUUAAUAAGAUAGGUCUGUAAGGGCAAUACUGAAAAACAUACAAAUCUCUUUUUUAUGUAAGUAAAAAUUAGACCUCUAGUCAAAUUAGUAUUGAAUGACCUGUUUAUUGUUCAUAAUGACAAAUUAAACUCUUCAUAGACCCUAAAUUUAAAAUUUUCAAGACAUAAUUUACACUGUACCCUGGCCAUAGCCGAUGCUCACAGGCAACAUCUCUUGACAUGGGGUGUCAGAGGCAGUGUCAGCGGUGUGGGAGCAGUGUUAAGUGUGGGGGAGACAGUUUCAGGGGUGUAGGAGACAAUGUUAGGUGUAGAGGAGAACGAGUUAGGGGUGGGGAAAUACAGUUUCAGGGGUGCAGAGACAGUGUUAGGUGUAGAUGAGACAGAGUUAGGGGUGGGGAAAUACAGUUUCAAGGGUGUAGGAGACAGUGUUAGGUGUAGAGGAGACAGAGUUAGGGGUGGGGUAGACAGUUGCAGGGGCGUAGGAGGCAGAGCUAGGUGUGAAGGAGGAAGUUUUAGAGGGGGGGGGAGUCAGAAUCAGGAGUGUAAAAGGCAGUGUUGGGGUGUUGAAUGCAGAGUUAGGGGUGUGGAAGGCAGUGUUAGGGGUGUUGAAGACAGUGUUAGGGGUGUGGAAGGCAGUGUUAGGGGUGUGGAAGGCAAUGUUAGGGGUGUGGAAGGCAGUGUUAAGGGUGUGGGAGGCAAUGUUAGGGGUGGUGAAGGCAAUGCUAGGGGUGUGGAAGGCAGUGUUAGGGGUGUGGGAGGCAAUGUUAGGGGUGGUGAAGGCAAUGCUAGGGGUGUGGAUGGCAGUGUCAGGGGUGUGGAUGGCAGUGUCAGGAGUGUUGAAGGCAGUGUUAGGGGUGUGGGAGGCAAUGUUAGGGGUGUUGAAGACAAUGUUAGGGGUGUGGGAGGCAAUGUUAGGGGUGUUGAAGACAAUGUUAGGGGUGUGGAUGGCUGUGUCAGGGGUGUGGAAGGCAGUGUUAGGGGUGUGGGAGGCAAUGUUAGGGGUGUGGGAGUCAAUGUUAGGGGUGUUGAAGACAAUGUUAGGGGUGUAGAUGGCUGUGUCAGGGGUGUUGAAGGCAGUGUUAGGGGUGUGGAAGGCAGUGUCAAGGGUGUGGAUGGCAGUGUCAGGGGUGUUGAAGGUAGUGUUAGGGGGUGUGAAAGGCAGUGUUAGGGGUGUGGAAGGCAAUGUUAGUGGUGUGGAAGGCAGUGUUUUGUGUAUUAAAGGCAGUGUUAUGGGUGAGAAUUGCUGUGUCAGGGGUAUAGAAUCUAUGGCGCGAGGGAUGCAGUGUCAAGUCUAUAGAGUAUCCCUACAAAUCGAGUUUAUUUCCUAUUUUAUUUUCAUCUGUAAUCAUCCAUGGUGUGGUGAAUACGAAUGAAUUGUUUCAUUCUGCUAAUAUUGGUUUAUUUUCCUUUUCUUUUAUGCAAAAUUUAGCCAAUCUGAAUUUUGGAAUCUGGUCACCGUCAGUUUCGAAAGCAUGAAAUCUCUACGGAUGAUGAUAUUGCCAGUCGCUCAACGGAAGCUGUCAUCUCGUGCUAUUUCCAGUGCAAAUCUGACUGAUAGUCCUAACCACUUGAGCUCACUCAGAUUCAUCCGCAUCACAGGUUACAAACUGUUCGGGCCGGCUGAUAUGUAUUCCUUUAUAGGAAGCUGAGACGAUUAUUAAAAAAAGUUCCACCUUGUGUUUUAUGUAUUCUCUUUGAAGUGGAACAUAAUUUGGAAUUAAUUUUUUUUUCGUUGUAAGCAUAGUUAUUUUACUUUUUGUGUAAACACCUAAGGCUCUAAGACGUUCUUGAAGAAAUCGACAAUUAUUUCCAUAAAACAAGGGAGAUAUGUUCUAUUAUCAAAAUAAUAAAGAAAUGUAUAAAUGUGCAGGUAAAUAUCCAAACUUUUUUAAACAUGAAAUUCGAAGAGCUGCAACAUUUACAAAGUACCCACCUCACGCCAAAAAAUCUCCCUUAAUUUUGGCUGAAAACGGGUUCAUGCACAAGCCUGUCGACAAAGCAGAUGAUAAUGUCGUCUGCUAUUUUUGUCAUUUCCAGAGAAGAUGCUGGGAAGCCUCGGAUAAGGUUACUGACUUUCAUUCUCCUGUUUGUCCCAUGGUAACAAAGAUCGGAUGUGAAAACGUCCCACUGAGGUCGUUAUGUUUGAAGGAAAAUCUUCAGUUCAAGCAUUACUUUGACACCUCUGCUGAUGUUCGAGAUGAACGACAAGAUGAGACCAGCGCAACAAAAAUUGCACGUGCCUACGUCACAGGAGCCAAGCGCCCAAAGUACGCUGAUCAAAAUAAGAGGUUGGUUACCUUUCGUGGCUGGGCUGAGAACCAUCCUCAGAAACCCGAAGACCUCGCCGAGGCGGGUUUAAUUUAUGCAGGUAAAUUAGAUUUGAUUCGGCAAUAUAUACUUUACUAGCCAACGUACCCGGCGUUACCCUGGAUGCAAUGGGAAAAAACACUUCUACAGUAUUUUAGCUAACAUUGAAAUUAAGGGUCCUGUAAAAAAUACGUCGCUAAAGGGAAACAAAUAUAAAAAUUAAUUUUCUCUCACAAAAAAAAAAAAAGUUCAUAAUAACUUUUGUACUGACCUAUAUCGUUAUAGCGUUGGCCAAGUCUACUGGUAUCUGUAUAGCUCAUUAAGAAAGCAUAAAAUGGGACCCCCAACCCCUAAGGAGGGGGUAUCGGUAAAAUUGAGUAUAUGAACAUGGAUAAUCAAGUUUAUGUUUUCUAAGUUUGUUCUAAAUACAUCCACACAUACAAUAGCCUAUGUUUGAUUUUUAUUUUAUAGCUCAUAUAAAUGGAAAAUUGCAUUAGGGGCCCCCGGCCCCAAAAGGAUUAUUUAGUAAAGAUUUAAAGAAACGCUUUAUUUCAUUCUGUUUACUUAAGGAAAUGUGGUCAAACAUUUGUCAAUAUCCAUUUAAUACAUGUGAAACGUAUGAGAAACAGACACAUAAACAGACAGACCCAUACAUUUUUUUAUCUCUCUGCAUAUAUAUAAGAUUUAUCAUUAAGGAGAUAACUCUUUAUUUUUUUAAUGAAAGAAGUGAAAACCUAAAGAACAUUAUUGACGUUACCGGAAUAGUUGAUAGUUUUUUUUAACUCCAAAUUCGCGUUUGAAGGAUAAAUGAAGAUAUGAUAUUCACACAGGUUAUUCGGAUUCCGUUCGCUGUUUCUACUGUGGGGGAGGACUUCGGAACUGGUCAUCCCAAGACAAUCCAUGGAUAGAGCAUGCCAAAUAUUUUCCAUUGUGCGGCUUCAUUAUAAAAGAGAAGGGACAAACCUUUAUAGAUAAUAUCCAGGAAUUAAGCAGCCUGGCAACACAGGUAUUUCGUAAUAAGUAGAAGUUUACAAGUACUAGUUUACUAGUUUAUUAGUACUAGUGUGGUUGCGUUUUUCUUUCUUUUUUUCUUUUUAAACUUUAAUUUUUUCCAAGUGAUCAUUCCUUUUAUUGUUAAUAUUGUUUUCCCUCCAAUACAUAACUGACAUUGAUAUUUUGUUUUCCAUUCUUCAAAGUGCUACAUACUUUCUUUGUGAAAUUUCGACAGAUCUUAAGUUUAGAACAACCUAAAUUCACGGCUUAUAUUUGAUAGAUAUUUACAUUUGUUCUCAUUACAACAACAAAAAAUAUCAAGAAGACGUAAAAGAAAUUAUUAAUUAUAUUAGUAGCUUUCUUAAUACCAUUUAUCACCCAUGCAUUCUGUUUUCAUUUUUUGUUGCAUUUUAAUUUUUUUAAAUGCAGAUCACUUUGCAGAUGACGAAUGAUAUUUCCGUAGUUAGACCCUAUUCACGUGAGUUUAGUGGAUUACAUUAUUUGAAAACCCAUAAAUAACCCAUGGAUAAUGUAGCGGCAAUACUUGAAUGCUCCAUCUACCCAAUGCACUUGACAAAAAUUGCAUUCUAGUAACGCAUUUUAAAAGAUGUCUUGAACACAGCGUUUCAGCCAUAUUCUAAUAAAUAGAGAAUUAUUAUUUGUGAUUAUUGUUUCUAAAAGAAAUCUAGAUUACGCAAAACAGCAAACAAACCAAAAAACUACACUUUUGACAUCUGAAAGAAAACGUCAGCAAGUUAUUCGUGCAUUAAAUAUGAUAUUGUUUUUAAAGUCCCGCAAACAUGAAGAUAACACCAAAUGGGCACAUAUCGGAUUUCAAUGACUUAUUAAUGAUCUAUUUUACUGAUUAUUUUUUAACUUAAGCUUCUUCAAAGCUAAAUCUUAACUGUUAAAGAUCUACUUAUGAGCUAAUCCCCAUACAGUAUGUUAAAUGAGACAUUUAAUUAAAUGUAAAUAUUCUUCUACUGUGUUGUUGUUACCAUAAAGUAAUCAUUAAAGUUUGAAUUCUAUAUUAGGAAAAAGAAUUGAUCAAGAGAAAUUGUUUUAGCAUAUGUUGUUUUGUUUUUUUUGGUCGUAUCUGGUAUGAAUGGUAUUUCCAGCUUGUUCCGUUUUCAAAAUGUUACUAUUUUUAAAACUGUACGAUGAUCGUAAAUUUUGAAAAACGAACUUCCAAUCUUUCCAGAACAACCAGCAGCUGACGUUCACCAGGCAGCGGCCUCACGAGAGCCAUCUGCUUCAGCUGGUAUGACCGUUCGAGAAGUAGACGGUUUAAUCACCCCUGUGUCCUUGCUUGGGAUCAUCCCACAGGACGUGAAGAAACCGGAAUACGCCCUGAGAGCUAAUAGGGAGAACACGUUUGACAGAACAAGAGAUGAUCACCUGAGUCCUGGCCAUCUUUCAGCUGCCGGCUUCUUUUACAGAGGUAUGGAAUUACAUAAUUGACAGAGGUAUGGAAUUACAUAAUUUACAGAGGUAUGGAAUUACAUAAUUUACAGAGGUUUGGAAUUAAAUAAUUUACAGAGGUAUGGAAAUACAUAAUUUACAGAGGUAUGGAAAUACAUAAUUUACAGAGGUAUGGAAAUACAUAAUUUACAGAGGUCUGGAAUUAUAUAAUUUACAGAGGUAUGGAAUUACAUAAUUUACAGAGGUAUGGAAAUACAUAAUUUGCAGAGGUAUGGAAAUACAUAAUUUACAGAGGUAUGGAAUUACAUAAUUUACAGAGGUAUGGAAAUACAUAAUUUACAGAGGUCUGGAAUUAUAUAAUUUACAGAGGUAUGGAAUUACAUAAUUUACAGAGGUAUGGAAAUACAUAAUUUACAGAGGUCUGGAAUUAUAUAAUUUACAGAGGUAUGGAAUUACAUAAUUUACAGAGGUAUGGAAAUACAUAAUUUACAGAGGUAUGGAAUUACAUAAUUUACAGAGGUAUGGAAAUACAUAAUUUACAGAGGUCUGGAAUUAUAUAAUUUACAGAGGUAUGGAAUUACAUAAUUUACAGAGGUAGGAACUUACAUAGGUAACCGUGGUUUUCAUUUACAUGAUCAACCAAAACAAUACAUGCUGUUUUAAAAGAAUGGAUAGAAUUUAAGAAUGACUGUAGUCAAUCGUAUGCAGUGAAAGAUAUAAUUUUUAAAACGACAUUUUAGAUUUUAUAUUAUAAAUGCCAGUUGAACAUUUCAAUAGUGAAAGAAAACUGGCUCGUUCUCAUUCGAGUCUCUAUACACUAUUCUACAGUUUUGACAUAUUAUCUUUUUUGUUUAAAUUUAAAAACAAUAUUAAAAAAAAAACUCAAGUGAUAUAUCAAUGUUUAAAAUAUUAAUGCCAUUAAUUAAUUUGCCCAGUCAGUAAACUCAUUAUUUUAUGUAUUUAUGUAUGAAACAAAACAGGUCACGGCAAUAUUGUCCAAUGCUUCUGCUGUGAUUUACUGCUUCAGUGGGAAGUUGAUGACGUCGAUGAAUGGGUGGAGCAUGCACGACUCUCUCCUAGCUGCUCGUUUGUUCUUCUGAUGAAGGAUCAAGGCUUCGUAACAGCUGUCAAGAAACGCAUUGUACCACACACAAAAAGAACACUGUGAAAUGAGUAGCUAACAUGAUUUUUUAAAAAUUAUUUCUUUAAUAUAUUUUGUCAUGUUAUGUUAUGUCAAAUUUUCUAAUUGGUUUGUCGUUUCUUUUAAUCAACAUAGGAUUGAAUUAUUAAUUGUGUUUUGUAGUGUUUUGAAAAAUUAUAUUUUAAUAACAUUAGACUGAAGGUUAGGCUUAAUGUCGGUUAUCAAAUACAUUGCAUAUUAUCCAAAUAUCAAUGGUAUUAUUAACAUUCGGGACAACGCUACUGCAUGAACAAGUUGUUACAUGUUCAUUUUUGAAAAGCCGGACUAUGUCACUCAAAUUGUUCACUGCCUGGAAAAGGAAUGGACUAUUUAUUGUAAUUAAUUCCUUAAAAAUGCCAAGCCUUCAAUUUUCUAGAAAUAUAUAUAUAUAAUUUCAGUAAAAUUAUGUCAAAUAGUGCAAGGUUUCAUACUUAAUAUAUUAUGAAUGCAACCAAAUGCAUCCGUUUGUUUUUUUUUUAACUUCUUGUGGUUAUUCUGUUGAAUCAGUUGUUGGACCAUUAAUCAAGCCUACUUAAUAUUUAAUAUUCUUACAAAAAUUAAAAGGUAAAUUAAAACAAUUUUUAACGCUAUUUUCUUUGAAGUUAAAUAUAAUAAUGUUAAUUUUAAAAUUAAAAAUUCAUUUGGAAAUUCAAAAUGAAGUAGCAUUAUGAAGUGGGAAAAAUAUGAAUUUUAAAAAUAAUAAUAAAUUUAUCUUACUCCAGUUGCAACAUGUUUUUCUUUCAAAGCCUCUACAAGACGUGUUUGUUUGUUUUAGACACUGAUUUUCAAUGGAUAUCCCAACAGAGGCACGAUAUAUUUUAAAAUGUGUAUAUCUUUAUUAUUGCACCUUCAUUUUAUUGUUGUAAUCAUUCUAUCAAUAUUAUAUCUAUAUUGACCUUU